AUGCGGUCGUAUCUCAACUUCUGUUUUAUUUCAGUAGGACCUGAGCAAGUGAGCGAGAAUGAAGAAACGUCCAUUCAGUUUUGGCCAGGAGACAGGAGGCAGCAAAGAAAACAUAGUAGGAAGCGAAAGGAAGAAAAGUCAAUCCCGAGCAAAAAAAGUCAAAUCCAAGGGAAUAAGAGUCGGAAAGGCAGCUCUGCUUCCAACCUGUCUAACAAGAGAUCCGACAGAUGUCCAAUCUGUGGCAAAACCUUCUCCAGUAACGCUUACCUUGCCAUUCACAUGCGCUGCCAUACAGGAGAGAAGCCUUACAGAUGCUCAGAGUGCGGGAAGAGUUUCAGUUGGUCAUCAAACCUAUUUUCUCAUAGGAAAAUCCACACUCGAGAGAGACCCUAUCCAUGCUCAGAGUGUGGGAAAUGUUUUAGACGGAACACAGACCUUCAAGCGCACCAACUCACCCACACUGAGGAGAAGCCCUAUGCGUGUUCUUACUGUGGGAAGAAGUUCAAGACCAGAGGAAAUAUGAACAGACAUGAAAGAAUCCACCGAGACGAGAAGCCCUUCGCGUGCUCAGAAUGUGGACUCGGAUACAGAUACAAAGAGCAGCUCGUCCUUCACAAAAAAAGUCACACAGGAGAGAAAUCCUACAAAUGCCCAGACUGUGGAAUGAGUUUUAGUUGCAGAAGAAAUUAUCAGAGACACAAGAAAAUUCACGGGGAAAAGAAAUUACAUCGAUGUUCAGAUUGUGGAAAAGACUUCUGCAAUAAUUCAUACCUGAAGCUACACCGAAGGAUCCAUACGGGCAAGAGACCUUACCAGUGUUCCUUCUGCAGUAAAAAAUUUACCUUCAGUUCCGUUCUUACAAUGCAUAAGAAAAUCCACACGGGAGAAAAACGUUACAAAUGUCCAAAAUGUGGCAAAGGUUUCAGGAAAAAAUUCUACCUUAAUAAACAUAUGGAACAGUGUAAACAUUAA